CAGCCACUCACAGGGCGGAAGGCCCGACCGGGGCAGCGGAAGCCCGGGGCCUGCACUUCCGGUGGGGCCGCGCCGCGCGGGGGCGGGUCCACACCGCCCCGUGCGUCACUUCCGGGCGCCUCGAGCGGGGCCGAGUGAUGCUCAUUUUGGAGCGCCAGGGCGCCUCUGACGUCGGCUGACUCGCUCCUCUUCCCUUUCUGCCUCCCUCCGCUCCUUCCUGUGCUAUAUGCACUAAAGGUGCCACCAGAGAGCCCCAGCCAUGGAAGGCAAACCUUUGGUGACCUCGAAACAGAGGACGGAAGUGGUGCGUGGGGUCCCCACCCAGGUGGUCUGCACGGCCUUCAGCAGCCACAUCCUGGUGGUGGUGACCCAGUUCGGGAAGAUGGGCACCCUGGUCUCCCUGGAGCCCAGCAACGUGGCCAGUGACGUCAGCAAGCCCGUGCUCACGACAAAAGUCCUUCUCGGGCAGGACGAGCCGCUCAUCCACGUCUUGGCCAAGCACCUGGGGACGUCCGUGUCCCGGGAAGCCGGGAACAAAGCAGUCCUCCUCGCCGUGGCCCUGAAGGACCGGAGCCUGGAGGGGCUGGCGGCCGUGCGGGAGGUGAUCCGGACGUGCCAGGUGUGGUGAUGCUGCGGCUGGGCGGAGCCCGGCGGGGACGCAGACACGCUCGCCACUCGAACCACUCGAAGACCUGUCUGUAGCAGCCGGGAGGAGCAGCUGCCCCGGCCGCAGCCCCGGAAGCCAGAGGAGCUGUGCACGUCCCCGGCAGACCUAGUUGGGCCUCCGGCACUGUACGUGGAGGCCGCAUUGGGAGAGCCGGGGGCGGUUCUCACCGGGGUCCGGUUAUAUGGGGAAGUGAGAGGCUGAGCCCUCAGUGUACAGUCUGAGCUACUGGAAGAAACUGGUUUUGUAUUAAAGAUGAGUGUGCAACCCAGGCCACUCCACCACCCUUCA